AUGUUUGGCUGUCUUGUAGCUGGUCGUCUGCCGCAAACAAACUUGCAGCAAAUCGACGAGACGCACGCCAUCUUCGAACUUCACGAUGCUAGCACCAUAAACCACAUAUGCGUAUUCCUUUUGGGAGACGUUCCUUUCCCUGAUGGAUAUGGCGCGACCGUACACUUCCAUUGGCCCGGGAAGGGGUUCCAAUUGCUGGGCAUGCUUACAAAUGAGAAACCGUCGGCGAUGUUCCGCCUGCGAGGUACCUUCACCUCGCAAAGCUCGAACGUCGCACUCAAUGAAAACGCGCAAAUGGCCGGCGACCUCGUGGCAACCCUGGGUAUCGCCAUCGAGCCAUUGCACGUCAUUCAAGCCGAGAUGAGCUCGCUACCCUCAGCAGUGGCAAGAGCUUCUGCCACGACGGAUCCCACGGUACUCGCGGAGAAGAUCGUGAAGAACCUCUUCAAUUAUGUCUCGGGUUUCGUUGGGGGUAAUGGGCAGAGCAUCACGCCCGAGAGCGCUGUGCCGAUGGGCUUAUUGGCGAAGUGGGGUUACGAGGUAUACAAAUAG